UUUGAGUCCUUUUUGAGGUGGGUAAUAACAGCUUGGACGUUUAUGGACCCCAUCAAUGACCCUUCAUUUCUCCAUAGCCGCACACCCAAAAUCCCAUUUGAUCGAAACAAAUUGACAUUUUUUGAAUGCACAAACAUUGCAGAUUCUUGCCGAUUUGCCUCAAUAAUUUCAAAUUGGGUUCAGUCUUGAAAUUGCUAGCUGAAAUUGAUACCCAUUUUUCCAGUUCUUUUUCCACUUUGUUCUAUUUCCAAUGCCAGGGACUGUUCAAGUUUCAGUUCUGGAAUUUAAGGGUCCUUCUUCUUCACACCCGAACUUAACAUCCCUGAAAGUUUCCAUGGGAAAAAGAGUUUUUCGAACUCGGGACAUGGGAGACUUCUCUUUCCCUUUAACGACUCUCCGUGACAAUUUAGUCAUUGCACUUGUGGAUACUGAGGAAAAUGAGAUAGCUCAUACAGGGAUUCAGACAAGGACGAUAAUCGAGAAGGGUUGCUGGGAUGAAAUUAUCUCGCUUGAGGGAGGUGGGCAUGUGCAUAUGAAGUUGCAAUUUGUUCUCAGUGAAGAAGACCGCUGUCGGAUUCGUGUUAUGAGAGAAUCUGUAUUGAAGAAGAAACAAGAUGUGAAUCCCAGCAUUAACAUCGGACAUUCAGAAGUCACUGGUUCCACCAGUGAUCCUGUUGAGAUAUCCAUACCCAAUAUGCCAGAGGUCUCAGAUUCCCGAUCAAGAUCUAUUAACAUAGAAGUAAUCAGUCAUGAAGUUGUAGCCCCACAAGGUGGUUCAUUGGCGAAACCUUCUACUUCCUCAGUUCACCCUCAAUCUGAUUACCUGAGUACAGAAGGAAGCACCCUUGAGAGUCCAAUCCCAAAUGCUGCAGAUCCUCAUGAAGGUGCUUCAUCUUCUUCAGUUAGACAUGGAGUCAAAUCAAAAUUUCCUCAAGUAGAUCAAAGGGGACCAGUAGUGGAACUUGAAACCCACUUGCCACUUGCUCCUAUUCCUUCAAUACCAUUUGUUGAUCAAGAAGUUUCAUCCAUGCUGGAAAGCGAAUCACAGAUCCCUGAAACGAGUACUUCAGCAACCUCAAAGAUGCAAGAUGAUCCUAUUCAUAAAUCGGAGCAUCAAUGUCCCCUGGGAAAAACCCCUAGCAAUGUGAGAAAAAUGAUUAGUGCCUUCGAAAGUAAUCUAGUCCAGAUCCCAGCUAAUAUCGGUAAAGGAGCAGAUAUUGUUUUGGGUGUCACUGAACCAUCUCACUCUGCUCAGAAUUUGGAGUCAAGUACAACAAUUUUUUUGUCUAAAAGAAAAGAUUCAAAGGUUGAGGAUAUAUCUACAGCCGCUCAAGGAGAACUAACUGUGAAAGAAAGUAAAAAAAUGCCUGUUGAAUUUAUGAGGCCAUCCACUUUGGGAACAGCAACAAGUUCUGGAAGAAUGAACGAGGACCAAUUGCGAGUUGUUCAAGCUUAUAAUUCCUCUGAUGUGCUGCUGUGUUCUUCCAAUUCUUCAGCUGUAGAGGGAGUAGAUACAAGAACUGGAUUGGAGAGUUCAAUUAAACUUUAUAAUCAAUUGGCUUCCAACCAGAAAACAAAAUCAGUAGAAUAUUAUGAAAAGGAAUAUCAUUCCUCUGAAAGAUCUGGUAUAUGGAUAUUCCCAGAUAACACACAACGCUUAUGUAUCACGACUGCAGGUAAGAAGGCAAUGAAAAUACUAGAACGUCGCCAUAUUGAAGCCAGAACUCGCCAAGAGAAGAAAUAUUCUUCGAAAUCACAAAUGGCAGAGAAGUGUAAUGUGCCGUUCAGAAAUGAACCUGAGACUAAAAUGAGGGAGAGAAAUUUUUGCAAUCAGCAAGAAUCUGGACCUGAGAGCUCUCCAGAUGAUGCAUCUAGUGGACUAGUUGGACAGGUAAUAAAAAUUGUGAUCAUUUUGGGUUUUGGAGCUUUUGUUUAUCUUACCAGACAAAAGGAACCCCGAAAAAGCAAGAGAGACGAAAAUAUUGCCUUCCCCAUUCCAGAUUACCUUGACAAAAGGACAUUAGCUGAGUAAUUGGCUGGUAGAUCACGAGAAACGAUUGGUGCACUGUAAUUCUUCUGACCAGGUUUUAACUAAUCCGUAAAUCUUUUUGUAACUUCUGUUUUUCUGGGUGGCAUAGGCAGAUAUGAUAUUAUGAUGUUCAAAUCCAUGCCAAUCACCUUGAGUAGAUGAACUAUUUCUAGCCUCCAUUGUAAUUCAUUUUAUCUCAUUUUUUUUCUCUAUAAACAAAGAAUGUGAAUCAGUCACUGGUUUUUGAGAA